GGGGGCGGAUGUGGGCCAGCCGAGAGAGCUCGAGAGGAUUUGUCAGCUCAGCUGGCUGAGUGUGGUAAUCAGCCGCCGGGUUUGAGCAAGACUACGGUCCGAGUCUAUGGAAGCUGCUCGCCCGCAUGUCGAGGCAAACCCAUCGCACCGGAAUUAAAAGUUCUCGCGACCAUCCUCGCAGGCAGUUCUUGUCGACUCCACGACGCAGGAUGUAAACAAACAACGGCGCACAAUGACGAGAGGAACAAAAGAGACUUGUUUUCAUCUAAUCAGUAGCUAAACCGGCUAUCAUUAGCCGAAGUAACUGGGACCACAUCGAGAACGUGCUUUUACGGAUUUGCAUUCAAGUCUACCUAAAUCUGACCUGGCUUGACUUUUCGAUUGGCCAUGGCAACUGUGGUUGGUUACACGCCACCGUGGUGGGUCAACCUGCUGCACCGACUGCCACAUUUCAACUUCAAUUUUGAGCAAACCAGCAGCGACUUCCAGCCGUGGAAUCCGAAGUAUCAAGAGUCUAUCCUGUUACUGGGAGGUGUGGCGCUGGCCUGUCUGACUUUGGACUUGCUGUUCCUGCUCUUCUACUCCAUUUGGCUGUGCUGCCGGCGUACCAAAAACCGGGACCAACCCCCGGCCGACUGCUGCUGCACCACUUGGUGCGUCGUCAUCGCCACACUCGUGUGCAGCGCGGGCAUUGCCGUAGGUUUCUAUGGCAACGGCGAGACUUGCGACGGAGUGAAUCGUCUGACUUAUUCCCUGCGCCAUGCAAAUCACACAAUCGCUGGAAUGCACACGCUGGUGUUCGACAGCACGGCCUCACUGAACAGGCUAGUAGGUGAAAACCUGAAGAUGCUCGAGGGCCAGUACUCCGAGGAUAAGAACGUGUUGUACACCAUCCAAACAAUGCAAGGCCAGAUGGACGAGCUGGUCAGACAGAUGGCGACCAUCCCCUUCGGCAGUUUCUCUCUGGAGGCGCUGGCUGUUAAGAUUGAGCUGUUUGACUGGUACAGGUGGAUGGGCUAUCUCUGUCUGCUGCUGUUGGAUGUCCUCAUUUGUCUUCUGGUGCUGUUGGGCCUCAUUCGCAACUCCAAGGAAACGCUCUUUGGGGUGUGCUUGUUGGCGGUUGUGGCUCUGGUGGUCAGCUGGUCCUCACUGGCGCUGGACUUGGCUGUCUCUGUGUCCUCCAGCGACUUGUGCGUGGCUCCAGACGCAUUCAUCACCCAAGUGGCCAGCGAGCAUGGACUCACCAAUACAGAAAUCCUCAACUACUACCUUAGUUGCAGUUUGGAACUACGCAACCCUUUCCAGCAGAAACUGUCCGCCAGCCACAAAGCGCUCGUUGAAAUGCAAAACAACAUGCAGCGCCUUCUGAAAUCGGCCUCCGCGGAAUCUCUGGCAAUUUUAAAGCAGAUCCGUGAGCUACUGAAGAAUGGAGAGAUUCACCUUCAUCAGCUUACCGCCUUGGUGGACUGCCGCAGCCUGCACUUGGACUACGUGCAGGCCGCGACGGGCGUGUGCUACGACGGACUGGAGGGCUUCAUCUACCUGAUGCUCUUCUCCUUUGUGACGGCCCUUAUGUUCACCGCCAUCCUUUGCAGCCUGCCUCACGCCUGGUCCAAGAUGCGGGCGGAUGAGGACGGCGAGUCAUUGGGCCGGGGCGGCAGGCACAACCAGGACAACCUGUACCGCGUUCAUAUGCCCAGCCUUUACAGCUGCGGCAGCAGCUACGGCAGCGAGACGUCCAUCCCAGCCGCCGCACACACCGUUAGCAACGCGCCUUUGACAGAGUACAUGGCUCAGAACGCCAACUUUCCCAACUCCCGUGCUGAAAACACCCCCUUGAUUGUACAAGAGUCUCCCCCACCCUCGUUGUAUUUGACUCCCGCCCACACUAACAGCGGCCACGGCUGGCAACUUAAGCCUUCGGACAGCUCCAGAUCGUUUUGGUAACCUCGUCUGCUAUGCUACCAGUACACCUCCAGCAUGCGGGCAAAGUACCUCGCUAACAGGCGGCCAGAUCCCAACAUCCCCGCAUCAAUAUAGCCGGAAGCUGAACCAAAUGGCCACUUCGUCUUUAAAGCACCCCCUCACACCUUCUUUUUUUUUUUUUUAUUAUCUUACUUUUGGGAAGAUCUUUUGGAUCACUUAUUCCUCACCUUUUGAUCCAGAUUCUUACCGUCACAUAAGCAGGAACUGGUCAAGACACAAGGAGGAUUUUUCCUUUUUUUUUUUUCUCUCUUGCUACCUGAAGUGAAGACCUUUCCAUUUUAGUGUCUUUGCUACUUUUGUCUUAACUCCGGUGUUUGGGACCACGAGUGCAGAUCUUACGAGCUUUACAACAAAGUAUCUUUUUGUUGUUGUUGGAAGUCGUCCUACAGCACUCGGUAGCUGCCAAGCUGUGAAUUUGGACGAGUCAAUGAGCUGGCAACGAGAAAAAGGGGAGCAAACUGUCAAUACUUGAGACGUCGGCGUACUACUGGAAAACGUUUCUCGCCGUUUCACUCCGGAAUUUUUGUUUUCAGGCAUCGCCACGUAACACAACUGUGACUUGUCCAGAUCUGCCUGGCAACAGCUUAGGCAGCUGUCAAUACAGCCGUUAACAGUUGAUUUGAUGUUUUUUUUUGUUUUUUUUUUUUGGUAGAGUUUCCAACUUUUUAUGCAUUGGCAAUGCAGUAUCUCACAAACAAAUGUGUUUUAGCAUUUCUAACAAAUAGAGGAAGGCGACGAGUUUACGCCCAUUUUGCGUCUUAUUUUGUUUGUAGGAGAAUUUACAGGCAGUGCCAAUCGAAAGUUUUAAAUGUCUUCAGUGAGCUGUUUUUUGUUCUGUUGUCCCCCCCCAUCAUGUUUUAUGCUUUGUUUUUGUUUGGCCGUCAUGUUCUCUCUUGGUGUGUCAUUGCUGGAUGAUGAACAUUUAUUGUAAAAGACAAAACGUACUUGUACAGAUACCUGACUUUUACAUAUUUUGUUUUGAUCUACUUUUGAUUUUUAGAUUCUGAGGCCAGCACUUAGUGUUGCUUAAUUCAUGUCGAUACGGUAGCUAUUUUCAUUUUUAAUCAGGAAUGUUCUCUGAAAUUGUUUUAUACAAAGACUUAAGACAGUGUACCUGGAAGAAAAGGAACAAAACUGCUUAUAUUGAGCUUGACUGCCGUGUUAAAAAAUAAAUAAAUCAAACCAAAUUUAAUUAGU